UCCUAGACGACAGUUGCGCCUCUUAUUAGGAAUGCACAUAAAAAGACUGAACAAAUCCAAAUCGAACCCACUAAUCCUGUUGACUAAACCUCUUAACAAUGGACAGCAUCUAUAGAUUGCCCACCAUUUCUCCAAUCUCCAUGACCACCACUGAUUAUGCAACUUCAAUUGCAAAUGGCCAUCUUUUCUCUCUCUCCAAAUUCAAGAAUUUGAACAAUUAUUCAUUGAAACUGCGGUGUUCAAAAUCAAGAAAUGCAUGUGUAGUAAUCAAAGCAGUGGCAGGAGCUGAUGACACCACAAAGAAUGAUAAUAAGGAGCCCGUCAAACCUGUUUACUCUCCCACUCCUUCUAAUCGUCCUCUUCGUACUCCUCAUAGCGGGUACCAUUUUGAUGGAAGUACCAGAAAAUUCUUUGAAGGUUGGUUCUUUAAGGUAUCAAUUCCAGAGUGCGGACAGAGUUUCUGCUUUAUGUAUUCUGUAGAGAGUCCUUCAUUUACCAAGAAAUUAAGCACCUUUGAAGAGCUGCAACAUGGACCUCGGUUUACUGGUGUGGGAGCUCAAAUUCUUGGUGCAGAUGACAAGUAUAUUUGUCAGUAUAGUGAAGAGUCUUCAAACUUCUGGGGAAGUAGACAUGAACUAAUGCUUGGCAACACCUUCAUUGCCCAAAAUGGUGCCAAGCCUCCAAAUAAGGAAGUUCCCCCUCAGGAGUUCAAUCUCCGUGUUACAGAGGGUUUUCAAGUUACCCCACUUUGGCACCAAGGAGCUAUUCGCAAUGAUGGGAGGACAGAUUAUACUGAAAUUGUGAAAACUGCUAGCUGGGAAUACAGCACACAGCCCAUUUAUGGAUGGGGUGAUGUUAACUCAAAGCAGAAGUCCACGGCAGGAUGGCCUGCUGCUUUUCCUGUAUUUGAGCCACAUUGGCAAGUAUGCAUGGCAGCUGGACUUUCAACAGGCUGGAUAGAGUGGGACGGUCAGCGGUUUGAGUUUCAAAAUGCCCCUUCUUACUCCGAAAAGAAUUGGGGUGGUGCCUUUCCAAGAAAGUGGUUUUGGGUUCAGUGCAGUGUAUUCGAAGGUGCAAUUGGAGAUGUUGCUUUGACUUCUGGUGGUGGAUUAAGGCGACUUCCGGGAUUGAGCGAGACUUUUGAAAGUGUUGCUCUGAUAGGAAUUCACUAUGGAGUUAUUUUCUACGAAUUCGUUCCAUGGAAUGCUAGUAUUAGUUGGGAAAUUACUCCCUGGGGCAAAUGGCAUGUAUCUGCGGAGAAUGAGACACAUAUGGUAGAACUAGAAGCAACAACAGAAGAUCCUGGAACCACAUUGCGGGCUCCGACAGACGAGAUGGGUCUUGCUCCUGCAUGCAGAGACACUUGUUUCGGUGAUCUAAGACUGCAGUUGUGGGAACGGAAGAGUAAUGGGAGUAAAGGAAAGGUCAUUUUGGAUGUUACAAGCAAUAUGGCAGGCCUAGAAGUCGGGGGAGGACCAUGGUUCAACACAUGGAAGGCAAAGGCGCAGAUGCCGGAAAUUGUUACACGAGCUAUCAAUGUUCCUGUGGAUUUGGACAGCGUAUUCAACUUGGUUCCACUUCUCAAACCUCCUGGCCUUUGAGAAUAAUUAUUCUUGAUUACAUUAUGUAAAUAGCAUCAUCUUGCCUUUAGACUAUUCUCAGGUUACACCUACAACAGUAGUUUGUGUAAUCUUAUUGCUAAUAGCAGAAUAAAACAUAAUCUUUGAUAAUUCCCGUGAAGGAAAUUAAUUAAGAGAGAUGACAGGCUUUAAUUUAGGGAACAGAAUUCAAUUUAAGAAGCUAGAUGUCACGGUAUAAUCGAAAAUUUUAUGUUCAUAUUAUGUAAACAUUAUAAGUAUAAUCCAUGUCCUAUUCACGUGACA